AUGGAGCCUUUUCAAGAUUCUAAACACAUUGACAAAUAUAAAAGGAGAUUGGGUAUGCGGUGGUGGUUUUUAACUUGCAAUGGUAAAAUCUGGUUUUUUGUUAAUGAUGGAAUUGAGGUGGAGGUAUUGAUGAACCCUGAUCAACAGGUUACUCUCAAGCUUACUUUCCUAGACAGUGGCAAAAUGUUUGUCACUAUCUUAGUUUAUGCAAAGUGUGAUGCUGUGGAUAGAUUGGAACUGUGGGAUAAUAUCUAUUCUUUAUCAAGCAGCAUGAAUUUUCCAUGGUUGGUAGGUGGAGAUUUCAAUGUCAUUUUACAUGAAGAAGAGAAGAUAGGUGGGUUGCCUGUUCACCAAACUGAGGUUGAAGAUUUUGCAUUUUUCAAAAACUCUUGUGACCUGCAGGAUAUUGACUUUAGGGGCAGUCCUUUCACUUGGUGGAAUGGUAGAGCUGGGGAAGAUUUCAUAUUCAAAAUAUUGGACAGGAUCUUAGUCAAUAAUCAGUUGCAAGAAUGGCUUGGUAAUCUACAAAUGGAGCAUUUAUCCAGAACUGGAUCAGAUCGCGCACCUCUUUUGCUUACAGCAGGAGAACAAGUUCAACAAUUCUCCAAGCCUUUUAGAUUUCUAAAAUUUUGGGUAGAUCAUGAGUCUUUCAUGCAUACAGUGGAACAACAUUGGAGUACUGAGUUUGUUGAAGGUGCUUUUAUUACUUUCAAGUUGAAAAUGAAGAAAUUGAAAGCUGCUCUAUCUGUAUGGAGUAAAGAGACUUUUGGUGAUAUCUUUAAGCAACUAACUAUUAGAGAGGAUAUUGUUAAGAUCAAAGAGCAGUUGUUUGAAGAGGAUCCCUCUGAAGUUAAUAGAAUGGUUUUGCAACAAACUCAAGCUGAAUUCAAAAGAUAUAUGCAUUUUAAAGAAGAGUUUUGGAAACAAAAGGCUGGUGUUAAAUGGCAAUCAGAAGGAGAUAGAAAUACAAGGUUUUUUCACAGCUUGCAACAAUUCUCUUCUGAGGCAACAUCAUCAGACUAUAACAUCUUAGAGCAUGUGGAGGAAGCUGUUACUCAGGAUCCAAAUGAUUUAUUAUGCUCUAUGCCAUCUUUGGAGGAAGUGCAUAAAGCUGUAUUUGAGUUAGCAGGUGAUAGUGCAUGUGGCCCUGAUGGUUUAUCAGGAAUCUUCUAUCAGAAAUGUUGGGAUAUUGUUGGGGCAGAUGUAUACAAUGUAGUUAAGGCUUUCUUUAAUGGUCAAACUCUUCCAAAAUCUGUCACUCAUACUAAUUUGGUUUUACUACGAAAGAAGGAAAUUAUCAACAAUUUUUCUGAUCUCAGGCCUAUCAGUUUAAGUAACUUCAUCAACAAGAUCAUUACUAGAGUUAUUCAUGACAGAUUGGAAUCUAUUCUGCCUUCCUUAAUUUCUCAAAAACAAUCUGGUUUUGUAAAAGGAAGGAAUAUUAUAGAAAAUGUGUUACUUACUCAAAAGGUUGUUGCAGAUAUUAGAAAGAGGGGAAGGCUAGAAAAUGUGAUCAUCCAACUAGACAUGGCAAAGGCAUAUGAUAGGGCUACUAGUUUCUUUCAUUCUACAAGGGGAGUAAAGCAAGAUGAUCCUUUAUCACCUGCAUUAUUCAUCUUGGCUGCUGAAGUAUUAUCAAGAGCUUUAAAUAGCUUGUUUGAUGAAGGGAUGUACAGGGGAUAUGGUUUGGCUAAAUGGAGCUCUAAUCUGAAUCAUUUGUCAUAUGCUGAUGACAUAAUAAUUUUUGCCUCUGCUGACAAAUGGUCACUUCAAAGGAUUAUGAAGAUUCUGCAUGAGUAUGAAGCUGUUUCUGGUCAAAAGAUUAAUGUUCAUAAGAGUGCUUUCUGCAUGUAUAAGAGAAUAUCUAGUGAACUGGUGAAUGAAGUCCAGCAAAGCACAGGUUUCUCAAGAGGUGAAUUUCCUUUCACCUACCUUGGAUGCCCAGUGUUUCAUGCAAGAAAACAGAAGAUAUUCUAUAGAGAUGUGAUAAAGAAAGUUAGAGAUAAAUUGCAAGCAUGGAAAGGAAAACUACUGUCAUUUGGUGCAAUGGUUCCUCCCAAAAGUGUUAUCAAAGAGUUGCAAAACAUGUUUAAUAGAUUUUUCUGGCAAACAAAGACAGAUGGUAAAUGUAAACAUUGGUCUGAAUGGAACAAAUUGUGUUAUCCCAAAGGGGAAGGAGGUUUAGGAUUCAGAUCAUUGAAUGAUAUUUCAAAAGCUCUUUUCUCAAAACUUUGUUGGAGAUUUAGAAUAAGUAACUCUUUGUGGUCAAACUUUAUGUGGAAUAAAUACUGUAAGAAGGUUAGACCAACCCUUGUUCAAUGGAAGGGUAGUACUCAGACAUGGAAAUAUAUGUUAGAAGCUAGUAAUGAUAUAGAGCAUCAUAUCUGGUGGGAGCCUCAUCAAGGUUCUAUAUCAAUAUGGUAUGAUAACUGGUUGAAAAUAGGUGCCUUGAAUGAUCAAAUUCAGUUCCAAGCUUACAAAGAUGACAGUGUAGAAGAUCUAGCAGAAAUAAUGGAAGGAGAUCAUUGGGAUAUGACAAAGGUACAGCAGAUGUUUUGUGAUGAAAUGGAAAUUGACAAACCCCAUUGGAUGCUUACUAGUUCUGGAAAGUUCACAGUAAGUAGUGCAUGGGAGUACAUAAGGCAAAAAAGGCAGGUAAAACAUGCAAUACUGAAAUGGUGGAACACUCCUGUUAAAUCCAAUCUGAAGACCUUAUAUCAAGCAGUUCCAACCUUUAUAUUGUCGCACCUGUGGAAGGGUAGAAAUACAAGGAGGCAUGGAGGUUCUAUCACUGUGAACAAGGUUAUAUAUGAGAUCAACAGAGGUAUAUUGUUAUUGGCACAAAGCCUAUUUCCUGGCAUGAAGCUGUUUCCAAAAAGGUGGCCUUUCUUUGUGCAAUAUUUAGAAAACUCCGAGAAAGACAAGGUUGUUCACAAGGAAGUAACAUGGUCCAAGUUCAAGAAAUUUUCUCGUAUUAGAGAUCAUAAUGGAGAUUUAGUGUAUGCAGCAGGGAAAAGAUUGGAGGAUACUACUAAUGUAAUAGCUGAAGUAGUUGCAAUUGAAAAUGGAAUACAAUAUUGUGUAGAUCAUCAUCAGCUAUUACCUUUGAUAGUAGAAACUGACUCUUUAACUAUGCAGAAGAUGGAAUAUGGGAAGUACCAUGGAGGAUAUCAUUGGUACCAUGCAACUGAUAUUGGAUUGACUUGGAGUUUGAAGGCUGGAUCAGUACUACUACAAUGGCUACAAGAAGUGCUACCCAGAAGGUGCAUCACAACACAAAGAGCAAUCAUCUUGAUGGAUCAGUAUGCAGGAGGAUUCAGCAGCCUAUGCAGACCUGUGCUGAUCUGUGAACUUGGUCAUAUGGUGAAGCUGUGCAAGUCCUAUAAAAACUCUACUGGAAGAAGCUUAUUACAACCAAAAGCUUGA